AUGGAACGAUUCCAACACUCAUCUGAAACAAUAAGCAGGUAUUUCUCAGUGGGUUUGACUUCCCUCGUCAGUUUAGCGCAAGCUAUAAUAAAACCCGAAGAUCCAACGUUUGUCAGAAUGCCAGCACAGAUUCGCAACGAUGCCCGAUACAUGCCACAUUUCAAGGGUUGCAUUGGCGCAAUCGAUGGAACGCAUGUUCAUGCCAGGGUACCGGAAAACGAGAAAGUUGCAUUUAUCGGCCGUUCCGGGAGCACAACUCAAAAUAUCAUGGCAGUUUGUGAUUUCAACAUGUGUUUCACAUUUGCAAUGGCUGGAUGGGAGGGCAGCGCACAUGAUAGUAGAAUCUUCAAAAUUGCAACGAGAAAUCCGAAGUACAAUAGGGGGUACCUUAAACCCUAUCCUGACACAAGGUAUCAUCUUCCAGAUUUUCAGAGAGCCAGCAAUCGUACGAGAAACAGAAAAGAGGUCUUUAAUAGAAGACAUUCAUCCUUACGAGGCGUUAUUGAGAGGACUUUUGGAGUUUGGAAGAAGAAAUGGGUAAUACUACGAGAUAUGCCACCUUAUCCAUUUCCAAAACAGGUGCAGGUAGUGUUAGCCACUAUGGCCCUCACUAACUAUAUUCGACGGCAUCCAACUCGAGCUGAUGUUGACUUCGAGCGUGUUGAGGUCAAUGAUGACGAAGUACCUGUCGAAGCCUAUGAAUACCGCAUUGGUCAAUCUCUACCAACAGAGGAGAACGACAAUGCUUCAAUUUGCACGAAAGAUGGAGAAGGUGCGAGUGAAAUGAAAGCCCUUCGUGAGGAGAUUACUGCCUCAUUAGUUGGAGACUGA